AUGCACGCCGGUGCCUCCGCGUCCCUCUCACCCGGCGCGGCGCGCCUGCGCGCGUCGCGACCCGCGUCCGCCAGCGCGUCGCGCGUCGCUCGCGCGCGCGCCUUCGUGCCUCGCGCCUUCUUCGGUGGCGGGAGGAAGUCCGCAGCUGCCAAGGUGCCCGCGGUGCCGUUCCCGAAUGGCACGCCGGGCCCCGACGGCAUCGUGCCGGGAGUCGGCAAGGGCAUGCCCAAGUGGCCGGAGGUGUGGGAGUGGCUCAACUACGAGAAGCGCAUGCAGACGGUGGACUCCGCCGAGGCUGUCGCCAUGAUGCGCAAGGGCGCGGUGCUCCUCGACGUGCGGUUCGACCCGGACUACGAGAAGUGGUCCGUGCCGGGCUCCGUCCACGUGCCCUACGUCACCGGCGGUGUCCUCGCCAAGAUGCGACUCCCGGGGUUCAAGCGCAAGAACGAGGACUUCGUCCGCCUCGUCCGCGAGGCGAUCCCGGACAAGAGGACGAAGAUCAUCCUCGCGUGCAUCUGGGGCGGGUCGCUGGUGCGCGAGCCGCCCAAGAACCGCGGCCUCACCGACGAUACCAAGGGCGCGGGAUCCCUCCCGGGCGCCUUUGAACUCUACCAGGACGGGUACGAGAACCUCUAUCACCUCUACGGCGGCGUGAACCAGUACUAUCAGGACUGCGCAUUCGACCCGAACUUGCCCGAGGGCGAGGGCGUGUGGCCGGGCGACUUGGAGUGGUUCGGGUACAGGCAGUUCAUCCAGAAGGACAGGCUCAAGGGGCAGCGCGACGACUGA